AUGCCGAACAGACCGCAUGCGCCCAGCUGCCGCGACGACUUCGAGAUCGCUAUUAUCUGCGCGCUGCUGUGCGAGCGCAAUGCUGUCGAGGCUGCUUUCGACGAGUUCUGGGACGAAGAUGAAGGUGGCGAUCGAUACGGCCGUGCCAACGGCGACCAGAACCACUAUAUUACUGGCCGUAUGGGAGCCAAUAACAUUGUUUUGGCCUAUGCCGCUGUAAGUAUGCGGUCGAGCUACGUUAAUAUUCGACUCGCACUCGUCGUUGGUGUGUGCGGUGGCGACUACGACUUCGGCAGGCAGCACCCCGAUAAGUUUGUGCGCAAGGAUAGCGUCGAAGAUAACCUGGGCCGACCGAAUAAAGAUAUCCGAAAUCUAGUAGCAGUCUUCGAAUUAGAUCGUGGGCUCGAUACGCUUGAGGAACGAUCUGCGCAAAUACUGCAAGGAUUGCAGCAAAACCUGCCUCUUAAACGGUCCGGGAAGUACGACUGCCCUCGGGCCCAAAUCUCAACACAAUCCCCUGGCCCUGCUGUCCACGUGCAUACAGGGGUCAUUGCUUCGGGCGACUUGGUCCUUCGGUCGGCUACCCAUCGGAACAAGAUCUUUAAGGAGACUAAGGCGAUCGGAUUUGAGAUGGAGGGAGCGGGCGUCUGGGACGAGGUCCCCUGUAUCGUGAUUAAAGGGGUGUGCGACUACGCGGACAGCCAAAAGAACAAGGACUGGCAGGAUUAUGCGGCAGCAACGGCCGCUUUAGUCUCUAAGGCCGUUCUUGAGCGCUAUUUACAAACAGACAAAGCCAUUGUCUGCGCUCGCUCGCCUUUACCCAACUCGGCGCCCGCCGGCACGACAUCGAGCCUGCCCUCACCGGCACCUGCGCGUGGCUCUUUGCUACCCCCGAGUUUAGCGAAUGGUGCCGUCGCGACCGCCUCGACGACUACAACGGCGUGCUCUGGCUCAAGGGCAAGCCCGGCGCCGGCAAGUCCACGCUGA